AGGUGGUUGGGUGGGAGCUCAGACAGACCGUAGACGGUUGAAAAGAACAAACCGGCUACAGCCCAUCAGGCGGAAACUGCAGACCUCUCAAGCGAUCAAUCAGAGAUUCCACAGAAAUGCCGAGGUUCUUCUUGGCCGCCGUCUUCUCUUGCCUAUUGGCCACAGAUGUCUGGGCUCACAAAGCUGCAAGACUCGGUUGUCACCUGCACUCUUUCAACGUCACCAUCCGGAGUGACCGACAGGGCAUGUGUCGGGGCACCCGGGCCCUCCAGGCCUGCGUGGGGUAUUGCGAAUCCAGCGCGUUUCCCUCCAAGUAUUCGGUGCUCCUGGCCAGCAGCUUCAAACACAACAUCACCUCGGUCUCCCAGUGCUGCACCAUCAGCCAAAUGCAGACGGUGAAACUCCGGCUGCGUUGCAGUCUCGGCUUGCAGAAAACGGUGGACAUUUUCACUGCCAAGACCUGCCGGUGUGACGUCUGCCGCCUCUCCAGAUACUGAAGUGCCUCCGAGGAUUUCUGCAGCCACCAACAACUGCUGUGAUUCUGAACUUACGACAACUUUAUAUAUAUAUAUAUAUAUGUAGGU